AUGCGUCGCCUGCUGCGAGUCGUCACCGCCGCGUGCGCGCUGGUCGCGGACGGCUCGGCCGUCAUCGCGGCGCGGCGCGAGGCGUGCCCGCCCCUCGAGGGCGCGCACCGCGUGAUCGACAUGGUGUCGCCCGCGGAGCCGACGGGCGACUGCCGCGGGAGCGAGGACGUGUGUCCGUCGGCGUUCCUGCCGCUCAAGCGGAUCUGGGAGGAGCUUAAUCGGACGUUUCCCAUGUCGCACGCCGUCGUCAACGCGGGCGCGGGCGACGGCGUCUCGGACGACCCGCUGUACGGCCUCCUCGCAGCGUACCCCGACGCUAUCCAGGGCAUCGCGGUGGAGCCCGUCGACGCCACCUUCGCGGCGCUCAGCGAGACCGCGCGGGCCCUGCCGCUCCUCGAGGCGCGGCACGAGGCGGUCGCGCCGUCGACCGCGUCGCGCGCGCUCGCGUACGACGCGUCGCGGGGCUCGCUGGACGUGCUGAAGCUGGACAUCGACGGGUGCGAGUGCCACGUGCUCGAGGAGCUCGCGCGGGACCCGGGCUGGCCCAACCCCAAGGUCGUCCACGUCGAGGUGACCCACGCGGUGCCGCCGCCGCUCUCGUACCGAGACAUGUGCGCGCGCGACGCGCCCGGCCGGAGCGUCGUCCCCUACGCGGACAACCUCGACGUCUACGGCUGCUCGAUGCAGGCGGCGCGCGACGUCCUCAAGCCCUGGGGCUACCGCCUCCUCCAGUACGACUUCCCCGACGCGGUCUUUCUUCACGAGGACUACGUGGCCGCGUUCCCGUGCGUGCCGUGGCUCCGGACCGACGACUUCCGCGCCGCCUACGACAACGGCGCCGCCUACGCGCGCGAGACCUACGCACGCUUCGGCAGGCACCAGACGAACCGCAGCUUCGUGGCGUCCCUCCCGGCCCUCGCCGCUACCGCGACGCUCCGGCCCCGCGAGGCCCUCGCGGCGCUCGUGGCGCAGGCGCGGCCCGCGUGGCGCAAGCGCCCGCUCUGGGUCGAACUCGCCGUCGCCGGCACCGACGUACGCGCGACGAUCCGCUGCGACCUGCCGCACAAGGGCCUCUGGCUCGGCUUCGUCCCCGCGACCGACGAGGAGGACGCCUGCCUCACCGCCGGCUUCGACGAGACCUGGACCGGUGAGGAGCCGGCCGCCACCGAGGAGUCGGCGCCCAAGCCCGAGGUGGCCGCGGCGCCCGCCGCGCCCGCGGCCGACGAGCCGGAGCCAGCCGCGGCCGACGACGCGGCAGCAGCCUCGUGCCCAGCGGAGCCGAGGGACGCGCAGCUGGCGGCGGCCCUCUGCCCCGGGCGGAAAGCGCCGCGCGUGGCGUACUGCAUCUACGGCGCGGCGCGGACGCUCGCGAAGCCGCAGGUGCACCUCUCGCUCGCAAGAAACCUGGUCGAGGCGUUCGGCGGCGAGGCGACGGUGCUCUGGUCGCUCGCCCUCGAGGACGACGGGAGCCGCGACCGGCUGGCGGGCGCGCGGCGGGCGCUCCGGCCCGCCGUCGAGCGCUACGAUCCCCGCAACGAGACAGCGGCGGCAACGUUCGAGGCGCUCAGCCACGGCCCAUUCGAGAGCGCGCGCGCGGCGCAGGGCGGGUGCUACGCCACGCCGCACGCGGCGCGCGACGCGCGGCUCUACGCGCGGCUCGCCCGGUGCCACGACGACGUGGAAGCGAUCGAAAUGAAUAGAGGAGUCGACUUCGACUGGGUCGUCUACGCGCGGCCGGACCUCGCCUUCUACGCGUCGGUCCGCCCGUGGUGUCUCUGGGACGACCGGGCCGUGCACGCGCCGCCGGGCCCGAACCAGGGGCUCAAGGACGGCCCGCAGUCCGUGUCCGACGUCGUCGACUUCCCGUUCUUUGCGCCGCGCCAGUUCCUCCGGCGGGCGUUCCGGGAGCCGGCCGCGGCCUGGGCCCGGCUGCGCCCCGGCGACGCGUGCUGCUUCACGGACAAGCCGGAGAUGUUCGUGCCGUGCCACCUCGCGCAAGAGCGGGUCCCGCUCGCGCGGACGGAGGUGCCAUGCGUCGUCGUCCGCGCGGACCGUUGGAAGCCGACGCAAUGCGUCAACUGGGGCGGCAUCCUCGCAGGGACCGACGCGGCGACGCACCCGGCGGGCUGCGACGCGUGCGACGCGCCGUUCGACGCGCGGUGGCGGUGCGCGGACGUCAUCCACGGGCCGAAGCGCGUCGCCAUCCUGUUCGCGGGUGCGCCGCGCGUGCUGUCGGCGACGUUCGACGACGCGGGAUUCAACUUUAGGCUCGACGAGUGGCUUCGGCUCGACGGGCCCGACGACCGCCUCCCCGUCGACGCCAUAAAGUCCGCCAUGCGGAACGAAGGCAUAUACGAGUGGGCAGCGCCGGCGCCGCCGCCGGCGCACAACGCAGCGUUCGCGGCGCACGCGAGUCUGGUGGAUCUCUUCCGCGAGAACGUGUACCUCGCGCUCCAGCGCCAGGGCGUCGAAUUCGACGCGUUCUGGUGGCUCCACGCGCGGACGGCGGCCGACGUCGGGCCCCUCGAACGGCUCGCUUGCCCGCUCCUCCGGCCGCCGGCCGCCGCGGGCGCGUCCUACGAAUGCGUCGUCCGGGUGCGAGACGCCGGCGACCCGCUGCUGCGCGUCGACGCGGCGCGGGCGUGGCCGGCGGUGUGGUCGACCUUCUUGGACCCGUCGGAGACGCGCAUCCGGAAUUUUCUCGCCAUGCUCCACGACCUGGUGCGCGUGGACGAGAUGCGGGAAGCGAGGGAGCGGGCGACGGGCGCGGCGUACUCGCACGUCCUCAGGUUGCGACCGGACCUCGCCGUGUGGCAGCCCCUGCCCGCCACGCUCUUCGAUGAGAGUCCGAAUCUGUACGUCGUGGCGCGCGCGACGUACGUCGGGGGCAACGAGGACAACUUCAUGGCGGCGCGCGCGGACGUCGCCCGGGCCGCGAUGCGCCGGGCCGAGGUCCUGCAGGACCCCGACGCCUGGAGCGGCUGGAACAUGACGCGGGGUGCGCCCGUCCCGCGGCCGCCAAAUUGGCCCCGCGCGUUCUACAGCCCAAACUACGACAUGAUGCCGAACACGUGGUGGCCCGAGGACUUCGUCGCGCACGCGAUCAAGCGCGCGGGCGGGACCGUCGCCGAGCACGCGGGCGCGAAGGCGCGCGUGAUCCACUCGUCGACGCGCCACGCCCCCCUCGGCGCGGCGGCGGGCCCGGACGUGGCGGUGCUGCUGGUCGGCGCGGAUUACGACGUGGCCGACGAGGCCGUCGCGCGCGCCCACUUCGUGCUGAUGCGCGACGAGGUCGCGGACAGGCUCCGGGCCGAGACGUUUGCCGUCGGCGACGAGUGCGGCGGGGGGAUCGUCGCGUACGCGCGGGAGUACCUCGAGGCUGUCGCGGCGGGCGUCGUCGGCGCGGGCGCCGACGGGUGUCGCGGCUUCCCGCCGCCCCCGUGGGCGGGGCCCGCGUUUCCCGGCAUGCAGCAGUGGUUCCGCGUCCAGUGCGCCUGGGAGCUCAUGGAGGCGCGGGAGGCGGCACGCGCCGAGACCUACAGCGUCGUCGUGCGCCUGCGGCCCGACGCCACGCCGUACCCCUGGGACGCGGCGCUCGUGCGCGCGGCGGCCGCGGCGCGGCGCGACGUCGUCUUCGCGGCGACGGACCAUGCGUUCUGGGGCAGCAGGCCGGCCGUGGCCGUCGCUGCGCGCCUCUGGCCGGCCAUCGGCGGGCUCUUCGCGGCGUCGGCCACGCCGAACGUGGCCUUCUCCGUGCGCGCGUUCCGCGACUCGCUGGCGUCGCUGCCGGCGGAGGCCCGCUCGCACGACACGUGGACCUUUUACUCGAAGGUCGGCGUGCUCGCUGCGCCGGGCGGCGCGCGGCCCUCCGUCGACGAAGCGCGGACCGCCCUGGCGGCACUCCACCAACAAGGUGUAAGUUACGUGACGCCCGGCGACGUCGAUCUCGACUUCGGGCGCCUGGCCAACGACCGGUGGGACACGUGGCCGCGCUACUUCGCGGCCGAGAGCGACUUCAUCGCGUGGCUGCUGUACAACAACAUCACCGCGUGCGAUCUCGGCGUGGGGACUCACAUGCUGUUCCGGGGCGUCGCCCACGCCCGCGCCCCCGGCGUCUGUCGCGUCGAGGCGGAUGCGGCGGGGAGCGCUUAG